CCUAGCCCAAAGCACCAAACGAUUCCCACCACCAAGAAUCGCAGGGAACCAUGGCUUCCCCUUCGCCGCAGCACGAGAAGUUCCGCAUCCUUCUUAUCCCCUUCUUCGCCACCAGCCACAUCCGCCCCUUCACCGAGCUCGCCUUCCACCUCGCCGCGGCCCGCCCGGGCGUCGUCGAGGCCACUAUCGCCGUCACCCCGGCAAAUGUCCCAGUCGUCCAAUCAGCUCUCGCGCGGCGGCGCGGCCAUGCCGCAGUCGAAGUCACAACGUACGCGUUCCCGCAUGUGGACGGCCUCCCACCGGGGGUGGAGAACCACUCCACCGCCAGGGCCGCGGACGCGUGGCGCAUCGACGCCGCCGGCAGCGACGAGCGGCUGAUGCGGCCGGGGCAUGAGAGUCUCAUAAGGGACCGUUUGCCCGACGCGGUCGUCUCCGACGUCCAGUUCAUCUGGAAUGCUGAGGUCGCUGCUGGUCUCGGCGUGCCGUGCGUCACCUUCCACGUUAUAGGGGCGUUCCCGAUGCUGGCCAUCUUCAAUUUACUAGGUGCUCACGCGACGGUGGCCGCCGCCGCCGCCGGCGGCGGCGUGGUGGCUCUUCCUGGGCUUCCAGGCCCUAAAGUACGGGUCCCAGUUACCGAGCUGCCUGAGAUUGUGAGGAACCAGCGACCGGAUGACGCCCUUGCCACAGGAGCAGCUCGGGUAGUGUACAACGGACUCGUCGUGAACACUUUCUUCGAUUUGGAGGACAGGUACUGCGACAUGUAUGUGCGCCAUGGGUACGCGAAGCGGGCCUACUUCGUCGGGCCCCUGUCGCUGCCGCCACCAUCGCAGCUGGCCGCCGGCGAAGCCGGCUCACGGUGCAUCGACUGGCUGGACAGGAAGCCAGCCCGAUCGGUCGUGUACUUAUGCUUCGGCAGCUUGACUCACAUAUCCGAGCUUCAACUCCACGAGCUCGCCCUCGGGUUAGAAGCCUCCGGGAAGCCGUUCCUGUGGGUGGUCAGGUCGGAGGCCUGGGCGCCGCCGGAGGGGUGGAAAGAGCGCGUCGGGGACAGGGGAAUGCUCGUCACGGGGUGGGCCCAACAGACGGCGAUCCUUGCGCACCCGGCUGUGGGGGCGUUCGUGACGCAGUGCGGGUGGAACUCGGUCCUGGAGACCGUCGUGGCCGGCGUGCCGGUGCUGACGUGGCCGAUGGUAUACGAGCAGUUCAUCACUGAGAGCUUCCUGACAGAGGUGCUGGAGAUCGGCGAUCGGCUGUGGCCGGAGGGUGCCGGGGUGAGGAGCACGACGUUCCAAGAGCACGAGCUGGUCCCGGGCGAGGCAGUGGCACGAGCUGUGGCUAGGUUCAUGGAGCCCGGAGGGGCAGGGGAUGCCGCGAGGAGCAGGGUCAAGGAGCUCUCCGUGAAGGCCCAUGCGGCCAUGGCGGAAGGUGGAUCCUCGCACUGCGACCUGCAGCGCCUGAUUGAUGAUCUUAUCGAAGAAAGAACCGCUGGCGCAGGGACGACGCCCCAGCUAGUCUGAUACUCAUGUAUUUGUCUGUUUUGGGUUUUCGCUUUCCACUGUUUGGUUAGUAAAGCUCUAGCAUAUCCCAGCUUCGUAUCAGCGCAUGGCGUCUGCAGAAGCUAGAUGAAUCACUAGGUGUGGAGUCAAAAUCUCAAGACCGAAUUGUGUUUGGGCCGUGUUUGGUUGUCCUUGAGCAAAAUUUCAUGAAAAUUUUUCUGUCAUUUUGAUCACUAA